GGAGCCCCAGGAAGGGGGGGGGAGGGGGCCUCUGCUGUUUCCCGGGAUGGUGGGGAGAGGAGUGGUGUUGCUUCGUGUCUUUCCAGGUUAGGGAAGGUCGUUGCGAGGGGCAAGUAAGUGAAGCAGGAACCUCGCCCCCUUGAUCGGGGGGCAAUUAACAAGAGGAGGAGGGGCUGCAAAGGGGGGGGUUGUUUUAGGGGAGGGGCAGCAGAUCCUGAAGAAAAGUCUCCCUCAGCAAUGUGGGUGUGGGUGUGAACAAUUGAGGGGGGGCAUGUCAACAAUAGAAGCUACCUGGGAAAGGUGUCAGCAAGUAAUUUGAGGUGGGGGAUCUGAAGGAAAAAAAUUGGCUGUCUCCCCCCCCCAACAAAAAAUCAUUGGAGGAGACCAUAUUUGUAGGAGACACAGAAAUCAACGCUCCCCCAGGAUAUUGUGGGGUCAGAGAGCAAGACAUGGGGAGGCAGGUGGGCUGGGGUGCCUUCCCGCCCUCCUUGAGUAGCCUUGCCCUCCUGAAGCAGAUGCAUGAGGGGUUCCUCCGGCUGGCCCUCUUGCCCAGGGGGGGCCCUGCUAAGCCCAAAGCCUCCGAAGUGUUGAGCCAGCACCUGCUGCAGAGGGGGCUGCCCCACUGGACCUCCUACUGCGUCAAGUACAGCGCGGUGCACAAUGACCAGUUUGGGCUCUCCAACUUCAACUGGGAGGUGAAAGGGACAAACUACCACAUCCUGCGGACCGGCUGUUUCCCCUUCAUCAAGUACCACUGUUCCCGAGCGCCCCACCAGGACCUGGCGAUGCAGAACUACUUCUUCACAGCUCUCAAACUAAUAAACUUUGGUGAGUGUCGUCUUUGAACGGGCUCUGCCUGUAUAGAGGUGGCGCAAGCGCUUGAGGCGCAGUGAGACCUUGAAUAGAGUUAACACCUGAUGUAACAGGGAGAUGACUUAAACCAUGGAAGAUACAAAAAAGUAUUUUACACAGCACCUAUGGAACUCACUCUCACAGGGCCAGGGACAAAAGUGACAGGGCCAGGAUUAAAAGCGCAUAGGGCAACUGAUGUGACUCUUACCUUCGCGCAGUACAUUACAAUCCAGCCGUACAAAAUCCAGGUUUCUGCGUACACACACUUUUCUAUCCAUUCAAGUAAGCAAGAGUAAUUGUCACAGUUCAAGGACAUGUUCCAGCUAGACAGAGAUGCUCAAAGAGGGUGUGGAACAGGGUCAGAAAGGGGUGUGGUCUGUAGAUAGAGGGCAUGAGAUGCAAAGUCCUGAGAGUAGGAUAGAGAACAAAAUAGAGAGGCAUCACUUGACCCUCCCAGGCCUAAGGCUCCCUACCCUGAUCCUAGAAUUUCUCUAAAUGCAUAGCAGUGUUGGCCACAUCAGUGGAGAACACUGGGAUAUGAUCAUAUUGAACAUGUGCCGAAAACAGGACUACUUAUUCCUGGUCCUCAGGAAUGCAGCCAAUACUUUCAGAACAAAAUAUAUUCACUAAGGAUUUUGCAUGUAUCUUGUAGUAGCACAUGCAGUGAAAGGCAGGGGGUUGCAAAAUAAAGAAUGGCACCAGGAAGGUGCCAGUACAUCUUUAAGUGCAGAGAAUGGUUUAUGCUUUAUGUUUUGUUUUCAAGAAACCAGCCUGGCUUUAAAGGGUUGCAAAAUCAUGUCUUAAUUCAGCCUUGCAGUUUGCUUCUUGCAGCUUGUUGCUGGAGGUGGGAUAGGGUCCUGCAGUACUAUUUUAUAUGAAGCUUUACUUUUUUAUUUGUUCUCUCCCCCCCCCCCUUUUUAUACAUAGGUAUCCCAACUUUAUUAUAUGGAAUUGGCUCCUGGUUCCUUGUCAGUGUCACAGAAACUGUUCACACGCAUUGUGGCCCAGUCACUAUUUACUUCCUCAAUAAAGAAGAUGAAGGUGCCAUGUACUAAACUACUCAUUUCAAGGACUGACACUUUCAUGGUAUAUUGCAGCAAAUGACAGACAGAGGGGGAUUGUUGUUUGCAAUCUAUUUGUGUGUAAUAUGUUCAAGUUUCAAAAUGUCCCUAUUUUUCCUUCAGUACCAUUUUAGUUUUCUUUGAGUCUGGCAAAGUGCAGAAUAGAUUUAAAAAACCAUGGAAAAUUACUUGAAGCUACUUUUGUUUUCAAAAACUUUUGGUCUGCAAAUAAUAAAUGUAAUAAUGAAAAUAUACAUUGUUGGGAAUUGUCUUUGCUUAUUUACUGAUCAUGUAUCUUUUGGUGCAGUAUCAUACAAGAUAUUGUUGCCCAACACUUAUAACGCUAUCCAAAUGUGACUACCUCAGGGAUAGCCUGCAUGGUGCCUCUGGAUUCUUUUGGACUACGUUUCCCAUCAGCCCCAGCCAGAAAGGCCAAUGGUCAGUGAUUAUAGGAGUUGUAGUUCUGCAACAUCUGGAGGUCUCAAUGUUGGCUACCCCCAUGAGGUAACAUUGAUUUUUAAAACAAAAAUAAAACUGAUAUGCAAAGGGUGGGGGUUUCAUUCCCAUAUAGGUAAACAAGUUGUUUAUGUAAAAGUCCAGAAAACCAGAAAAAUGUUUUUUUCAUUUUCACUUAGUAGAGUUUUGUGCAUACCAUUCUGGAUUACUUAAGUAGGCUGUGGUGCUGAAUAGAAGCUACAUACAGACAGUUUGGAUAUAAUCUGGUCCAAACUGAGCAGUUCAUUUCAACUGAUUUCAGAGAUGGGUUUAAGCAUCUGCUUAACUCUCCUAUUGAAGUCAAUUGAACUUUAAAAAGUAACUUUGGGUUAUGCUAAUAUAUAGUUAAUGCAUGCAAUGGUUUUGUGCUCUCCAAACUAAAUAUGCACUAUUUAGUGCAUAUUUGGGACACAGGUGGUGCUGUGGUCCAAACCACUGAGCUUCUUGGGCUUGCUGAUUAUAAGGUUGGCAGUUCGAAUCCAUGUGAUGGGGUGAGCUCCUGGUGCUUUGUCCUAGCUCCUGCCACCCUAGCAGCUUGAAAGCAUAGCAGUGCGAGUAGAUAAAUAGGUACCGCUGCAGCAGGAGGGUAAACAGUGUUUCCAUGCACUCUGGCACUUAUCACAGUGUUCUAUGCACCAGAAGCGGUUUACUCAUGCAGGCCACAUGACACAGAAAGCUGGCUGUGAACAAAUGCCAGCUCCCUCUGCCUGAAAGCGAGAUGAGCGCCGCAACCCCAUAGUAAAAUAUGACUGAACUUAACCACCAUGGGGUCCUAUUAUUGCUUAAUUGACAAAGAACAAAGUGUUGCAGGACAGAUUAAAAUUUGGCUGGCGGCACUAAGACUGUAUGGAUAAAUUUGAUCUAAAUUAGUUCAGCAUUUUUUCCCCUCAGGAAGAGAUAUUUCUUGCAUUGAAAAUAAAUGCUGCAGGAUUAUUUUUAAAGCGUAAAGCUACAAUGAAAUGUAUGCACAAGUAUGUGUCUUAAAAUGCUUACUUCAGAUUUGAAUUGUGAAUGGCUUUGCUUCUCUUCAAAGCAACUGUAAACAAAUCUGUAAUCAAGGAAACACUUAACGUAGUAUAUUUGGUACCGAGGAAUAUUUCUAACACAGGUUAAAUAAAUAGUUUACAUUGCAGAGUAGCUGUUAUACUAUAUUAAGCUUCAUUAAUAAUAAAAGUGAGUAUUAGCAUUUUGCUAGAUUAGCGGGAACUGAUUUUUCCCAGUAAUGGGCAAAAUUAAAUAAGUGCAACUCAUAAGUUUAAAAUCAAAUACUGCUCAUUCAUUGCUCCUUAUUUUGUCAAUAUUCUGCUGUAAAGGUUUGGUCUCAACACAAGACUGAUAAAAUGUUUUUUAAUUACCACACUAUAAAUACAGUUUUUCCUUGGAGUGGCCCCUCUGCUAGCUGCAGCGUAUUUGAUUUCUGAUAAUGGAGACUGCUGACUUUGCUUACCUGUUUUUCGAUAAGUGGAGGCAACAUGACUCCUUGUCCAUACAGUGAUGGGCAUCCCUCCUUGGAGAACCUCUUUGACAAAGUACUCUAUUGAUCCACUAGAAUUCAGUGCUGCUUGCAGCAUUAAACAGAGACUUGAUUUCUUGCUCUGCUCUCACUGUGUAACAAUUAAGCAAAUGUAACAUUUUCUUUUAUUACAUGAAAAUCAAUGGACCUCUUGCACUUCUGAAGUUGAUCAUGGUGAGGGAUGAACUUGGAAGAUGGCUGAGGGCAGAGUUCAAAUAUAAUAAUAUCACUUGUUGGAUUCAUUAGGACCAGUGGGUGACCUGUUGAAGUACUUGAAGGGAACAAAUGCUACUCAUAAAAUGUUACACUUGUGUAUACAUGAGAGAGUGUUUGUUCAUUUUUCAGGGAUUAUUCCUUUGGGAUGUCAACCAACUGAAGCCUGCUUCCUUUUGCUCACAUGGCUGUGUAGGACAGAUGAUGUGUAACUAUGGGAUUUGGAACUCAAUGCCUCAAUGUCAUUUCAACAUUCACUGAAAACGUGACUUUUUUUACACAGACUUUUAGGAAUUGUUGACACAACUGGAUAGACUGGACUUCAUAUGUAUUUCCUAUUGAAUUUAAAUUAUUGUUCUCUGCCUUAUAUCAAGCCAGACCAUUAAACCAUCUAGCUCAAUAUUUUCUAAAUUGAUAGACUGUGGCUCUCGAAGGUUUCACACUCUCCCAGGUUUCCCUGGAUAUGCCUGGGAUUGAACCUAGGGCCUUCUGCAUGCAUUGUUGGAUGAACCUGCUCCAAGAAGAGUUGGAAGCCAAGUGAGGCCCUUUAAGCCUCUGCUUCCCAGCCACUGCCUCCAGGCUUCUCCCACUUGUGAGAAACUUGAAAGGACCAGUGUUCUGACUUGGUGUGCUCCCUGUGCCAUUGGGCUAGCAACUUACUGUGAAAGGCACCUGGUUCCUCAGGGGAAGGGUCUGUGAGAUUCCUGCCCUGGUGCUGUGGCAUCUUGUUCAGUUAGCUCCUGCCUGCCAGCCAGCCUCAAGUUCAGGGGUCCCCUAAUCACCCAUAUCCAUCUCGGAGCCAAGAACCUGUCGGAAGGGGGGGUUAUUGUUUUGGUUUAAUUAUUUACUUGUGUUUUAUUUAUUGUUUUAAUUCUGUGAACCGCCCUGAGAUCUUUUGAUGGACAGUAUAUAAAUUUAACUACUACUACUUCUUCACCUAGUCCAGUUUCCUAGCCAGUGACUGUGUAUGUCCUAGUCUCUGCUAGGCUUUGUGGUCAUGACACUUGUUUGUCUCGCACCCCAGGAAGGGUCCACACAGGACCCACACAGAGUCAUAUAUAUAGAUAUGUAUGUAUUUUUAACAAUACAUAUAUACCACUCAACUGUAAUAAAACCUAAGCACUUUAACAAAAAAUCAAAAUAAUAUAUGGUCUCUAUAGGAACUGAGAAGAUACAGAAAUAUUGAUGUUAAGGGCCAUUUGCACCUAGUAUAAAAUCAGCUUAAAAGAGUUAUCUUUGUGAGUAAACAAUUAGCAGGUCCAGGUCAACUUUGCUAGCUGAGGAACAUGGAUUAGUUCAGUCAGUUGGUCCAGAGCAGUUUCCAGCUGACGGCUUCAGGCUCGUGUUUCUCAAAUAACCUCCCUGCCCCUCCAUGUUACAUAGUGAACUGCUUUUGGAUUUAAGGGGAACCCCCAAUACCCCUGCUGAUUCUUGGCCAUUCUGUACAAGUGGCCAUAAAUUACUCUUGGCAUGCAGUUUAUACCCACUUCUGAAAUGUACGUGUGUUAUAUAUUUAAGAUGACUGGAAUACAUAAUGACCCUUAAACUUUCAGGAAAUGUGAUCUGCUGUAUUCUCCUUUGAAACACAAUAGGAUUGGCCUUGUACCUCUUGCUUUAAUUAUCUCUUUCACUCUAUACAAGGAUGAUGUUUAAAAGAGCUAGGGGGGUGACAUUAUAAAGGCCAAGAACUUUGUUGUUAAGCGCGAUGAAACAAAUGCCGAUAACUGAAACCUUAGUCUUAACUCAGUUGAUAGGUAUCUGCAUUUUUUCAGCAUCCCCUUUUAAACAGUAAUGACUAGUGGGAGCAUCUUAACCUAAACAAGUGCUUAGCCUGACAUCUUACCUGGGUCAAUGGUCUAAGGUAUCGAAGUUAAACUGUGUUACUGUAAAUUAAUGGAAAAUGUAACUGCGCUUUGCUGAAAGAUCAAUGUCCAAUAAAGGCCACACAAUC